AUGUUUAACCCACUCUAUCUCGCAAGCCUACCCGUGCUACUCUGUCAAGCCACCUACCUCGACCCUUCCCUUCUCCAACAAAAGCCACUGAUGCAUGGCCUACCCUCAGAUACUCUAUCCGAUGUCACCGUUCUACCCCUCACACUAAACAAGCAUCUCCACUACACCUUCUCCUCCCCCACCAACAACCCCACUCCGCUAUCCCGCCUCCAAAAUAGCGCCGCAGUACACGCCACACACUACGAGCACUCCCGCAUCAGCAUCGUCAUCCCCCUCGACGCCGCACACACAGGCACCAUAUCCUUCUCUUCCCCCACAUCAUCUGCCAUCCAAGACACAACCGCCACACAUAUGACAUGGAUACCUCAGAACCCCUGGGACGUAGACAUGCACGACAUCCCCCUCCUCGAUGCCGGUGUGCGCAAAGGCGGCAUGAUAAGUAUGAGCGUUGAAACCGCAGUCUUGGAUUUCAGCACAGCAUUCAUCACGUUACCUGCUGGGCUCUGGGAUGUGGUUGUUCUGGCGACGCAGCCAGUGCUGAAGCCGAGUUGGGGACAGGAGAAAGGGCAGGAGGUCAUGAGUGUGGAGUGUGAGGCUAGGAGGAGGUUUCCGGAUUUAGUGCUUGUGAUGGAAGACGAGAGCGAGAUUGUGGUUGGGCCGAAGCAGUAUGUCCUGCAGAGGGGGGAUGAGUGCGUGCUCCUUGUUAAAAAGGCGGAGGAGGGUGACGAGGAGAGGGUCGGGCUGGGAUGGGCGAUUGCGAGAGGGAGGGAAGUAGUAUUUGAUUGGGGAGAGGGAAGGAUUGGGUUGGGGGCGUUCGAGGGGUGA